UCCACUUCCUGGCUCCCCUGCCACAAGCUUGAGAUGAGAGGCUGAGGUGCUCCGGGCAGCCAUGAGAGUGAGGUGCGAGACAGGUGAGAAGGCGUCAAUGGCGGCCUCGACAAUCAUAUCAAUGUCCCCGAAUCCUCCUUUUCUGAACCAGAAACUGACGAGCAAGCUCGAGAGUAAUGGCGGUUCCAUCUCAGUACCAACCAUGGACGACAUCCUCGCCGCCUCGCGAGCUCAGAAACUCGACCUCCAGCUUAGUAAACUGGGACCCUUCUUCAGGAUCACUGCUAGAGGCUCCGAGACCGGAAGGGAGCUAGGGAGGUUUGAGGGUAUGAUUAGGGUCUGGGCCGGAGGGAGGAUCCUCCACUUGGACUCAAUCAGGCUGAGGAGGGAGACGCUGGGGAUGGAGAAGUCAAUAUUCGGGAUUGGAGUGUUCAUCGGAGCUGUCGCGAUACGGUAUGGGUUCGAUUGUGGGUGCAGGAAGGCCGAGCUGCUCGCGAUCAACGACUCGGAUCUCUACCACUCCAAGCUGGUGAGGUUCUACACGAGACUCGGGUUCAAAGCCGUGCAUGAGGUAACGGGUUCUACAAUGGGAGACCUAGCCCACAUGCUAGUCUGGGGAGGAGUUGGGACCCGAAUGGAUGCUGAUAUAGACGAGCUUCUGGUGAAAUGGUGCUCCCGGUUCAAGUGCCGAGAAUAAUCCCGACUGUGGAGCAGCCUAGAGUGGCUCCUGAGAGUUCUUUUGUUAAUGAUAGCUGGAGAAGAUGCUUAGGGAGAAACUCAAAAUACAUCCAUCGAGUCGGGGCAAAAUGUGCUUCCCUAGUUGUUCUGAUUCGAGUCAAGAUCUAUCUUUGCUCCACUGAUCAGAUCAUUGGGUCGUACAAAAUUUCCCGAAGGAAGCAUAGUAUAUUCUUUCUGCAUAUUACUUCUGCUGUGAUCAUCCGUUUCUUUGGGCUACUGUAAUGAACAUGUUCUUGAUCCAAUUCGAUCAUCGGCGUAGAGGAUUUAGAUCCUUACUUCUCCUUC